AUGGCAUAUUUAAAUCAACAAGAUUCAUUUAUUAAUCAGGCAUGGCAAAAUGAUGUACGUGUUUGUCUACAACAAAAGAUGGUAAACUAUUUAGAAAACAAUUUACUUGCAUCCUGUCCGGAAAUAAAAAAGCAUGGUUUCGAUUCACAUACCGACUGUUAUCUUAAUCCAGAUCCUAGCAAUCCUGAGAUAACAUUUUGCCGUUUACCACCACAAGACAUGGCAAGAGUCAUAUGGAUUGCUAGAGGCGCUGCGUUUGAACCAGCUUUAUGGGUUCAAUUCAGUCGAUUAAUCACACACUGUGCGACUCAGACUUUCCAAGGUUAA